AUGGUGGUGGUGGUGGUGGAAGUGGUGGAGAUGAUGGUUGUGAUGAUGAUGAUGUUGGUGGAGGUGGUGAUGGUGGUAGUGAUGAAGGUGGAGGUGGUGGCAGUGAUGGUCGUGAUGAUGAUGCUGGUGGAGGUGGUGGCAGUGAUGGUGGUGGUGAUGAUGGUGGUGGAAGGAGUCCGCCAGCUCUUGGACAGUGGACGCCUGGAGUUUGUCCUCGGAGGCCAGGUCAUGCAUGACGAGGCAGUGACCCACAUCGAUGACCAGAUUCUGCAGCUCACAGAAGGACACGGCUUCCUCUAUGAGACAUUUGGGAUCCGGCCGCGGUUCUCCUGGCACGUCGACCCCUUUGGGGCUUCCGCCACGACUCCCACGUUGUUCGCCUUGGUGGGCUUCGAUGCCCACCUCAUCUCCCGCAUCGACUACGACCUCAAGGGGGCCAUGCAGGAGGCCCAGGGUCUGCAGUUCGUGUGGCGAGGGUCCCUGUCGCUGGCGGAGCAGCAGGAGAGCUUCACACACGUCAUGGACCAGUACAGCUACUGCACCCCGUCGCACAUCCCCUUCUCCAACAGGUCCGGGUUUUACUGGAAUGGCGUGGCCGUCUUCCCAGAGCCUCCCCCGGAUGGGGUGUACCCCAACAUGAGUGAGCCCGUCACCCCAGCCAACAUCGACCUUUACGCGGAGGCCCUGGCAGCCAACGUGAGGCAGCGGGCCACCUGGUUCCGGACACCCCAUGUCCUCUGGCCCUGGGGUUGUGACAAGCAGUUCUUCAACGCCUCAGUGCAGUUCGCCAAUAUGGACCCCCUGUUAGAGCGUGUCAACCAGCGCUCAGCCGAGCUGGGUGUCUCGGUGCAGUACGCCACACUGGCCGACUACUUCAGUGCGCUGCAUGACCUCAACGCCACCUGGAGCGUGCGCGGCCCCCAGGACUUCCUGCCCUACUCUUCAGAACCCUUUCAGGCCUGGACGGGCUUCUACACGUCCCGGAUCACGCUCAAGGGGCUGGCGCGACGGGCCGGUGCCCUGCUGCACGCUGGCGAGUCCAUGUUCACACGCUACAUGUGGCCAGGCCCCCACGGGCUCCUGGACCCGGCCUGGGCCCUGCAACAGCUGCGGCAGCUCCGCUGGGCCGUCUCCGAGGUCCAGCACCACGACGCCAUCACCGGCACCGAGUCCCCCAAGGUGAGAGACAUGUACGAGAAGCACCUGGCCGUGGGGAUGCUGGGCGUGCAGAAGCUGAUGGCCGCCAUCGUCUUGGCUGGGCCUGUGGCAGGGGAGCGGCGGGCGACGCCGGCAGGGCCCACCGCUGUGGUCUACAACCCGCUGGCUUGGACGGUCACCACCAUCGUCACCCUGACUGUCGGCUUCCCCAGAGUCCGUGUCACAGACGAGUCGGGCCACCCUGUGCCUGCACAGAUCCAGAACUCAACGUCGAACCCAUCCGCAUACGACCUGCAUAUCUUGACCACAAUCCCAGGCCUCAGUUACCGACACUACAGCAUCAGACCCACCACGGGGAGCCAGGAGGGCAGCCAGGAGCCAGCUGCCACCGUGGCCAGCACCAUGCGGUUUGGCCGCAGGCGGAGGAGACACACCAACCGUGGGGGCAGGCACCUGUUCCCCGUGGUGAACGACUGCUACACUGUGCUCCUGGACCAGGACACCCACCUGAUGCACAGCAUCCGGGACAGCUGGAGUAACCGGACCGUGCACGUGACCCAGGAGUUCCUGGAGUACCAUGCCAAUGGUGACGUGAAGCAGGGCCCUGUCUCUGACAACUACAUAUUUGCACCCCAGGAGGCGGCCGUUCCUGCCUGGGGUGCUGUGGAGAUGGAGAUCGUGGCUGGGAAGCUGCUGACAGAGGUCCGCCAGUACUUCUACAGGGACCCAGCUGACAAGGAGUACACAUACGCCGUCCACUCCCGGCUGGCCCACGUGCCGCCAUGGGGUCCUGACGGGGAGCUGCUCUGUGGGCGGAUUGAGCAGGAGUACCAGGUGGGCCCACUGGAGCUGAACCGGGAGGCUGUGCUCAGGACCAGCACCAACCUGGACAGCCAGCGGGUCAUCCACACGGACGACAACGGGUACCAGAUGCAGCGCAGGCCAUACCAGGCGCACGUCAACAACAGCAUUGCUCGGAACUACUACCCUAUGACCCAGGCGGCCUUCCUGGAGGACAGCCGGAGCAGGCUGCUGCUGCUGUCAGAGCGGGCGCACGGCGUCUCCAGCCAGAGUGACGGGCAGGUGGAGGUCAUGCUGCAUCGGCGGCUGUGGAACAACUUUGAGUGGGACCUGGGCUACAACCUCACGCUGAACGACACCUCAGUCGUCCGCCCCAUGCUCUGGCUGCUCCUGGGGACCCCUCCGGUCGUGGCUGCUCUGCGUCCGAGGGGCGGGCUGGCGCUGCAGCACAGGCCCGUGGUGCUGUGUGGGGAGCUGGCCGGGGCCGCCCCAGGGCCCCCAGGACCGUGGCAGCAGGCGGCCGGGCCACUGCCCCUGAACCUGCACUUGCAGACCCUGAGCAUUCCCGGCUGGAACUACAGCUCGGACCACGCCCAGCACCUGCGGAGUGUCCAGGAAGGCCACCAAGGGGAGGUUGAGGCCAACCUGCGUCGAGUGCUGCUGCGGCUGCUACACCUGUAUGAGGUGGGGGAGGACCCCGUCCUGUCUCAGCCUGUGACAGUGAAUCUGCAGGUUGUGCUGCGGGGUCUGGGGACCUUGGUGGCCAUGGAGGAGCGCUCCCUCACAGGGACCUCAAACGUGCAUGACCUGCACCGCUGGAAAUGGAGGACCCAGGCCCACCGUCCCACCAGAGGCAGCUCCAACCGUCCUCUGAAGCUGGUGGGAGACUUCACCGUCACUGUCCACCCGAAGGAAAUCCGCACCUUCUUCGUUCACUUUCAAGAGCCACCAGUGACCCCAUAG